AUGGGCACCACCUCAGAGUCCGUGUGCGUCGCUGCGUACACCCCCAACUUCCGCGCAAUAGGGGAGGCAGUGGCGGGGAAGGACAUCUCCUUCUCGGCGGCCCGUAGCUCUUCCCGCAUCUGCUGCAGCUGCCUGUGGACAGCGACGAGCUCCACCUACCUGGCGGCCCUCUCUGCCGCGAUCGCGGCUUUGAGGGCGGCCACUGCGUCAUCUGUGGCAGCAGACAGACUGAGAGACCAAGGGACUGACAGGCCGACAGACAGGCCGACAGACAGGCCGACAGACAGGCCGACAGACAGGCCGACAGACAGGCCGACAGACAGGCCGACAGACAGGCAGACAGACAGGCCGACAGACAGACAGGCCGACAGACAGGCCGACAGACAGGCCGACAGACAGGCCGACAGACAGGCCGACAGACAGGCCGACAGACAGGCCGACAGACAGGCCGACAGACAGGCCGACAGACAGGCCGACAGACAGGCCGACAGACAGGCCGACAGACAGGCCGACAGACAGGCCGACAGACAGGCCGACAGACAGGACGACAGACAGGCCGACAGACAGACAGGCCGACAGACAGACAGGCCGACAGACAGACAGGCCGACAGACAGGCCGACAGACAGGCCGACAGACAGGCCGACAGACAGGCCGACAGACAGGCCGACAGACAGGCCGACAGACAGGCCGACAGACAGACAGGCCGACAGACAGACAGGCCGACAGACAGACAGGCCGACAGACAGGCCGACAGACAGGCCGACAGACAGACAGGCCGACAGACAGGCCGACAGACAGGCCGACAGACAGACGGGCCGACAGACAGACGGGCCGACAGACAGACAGGCCGACAGACAGACAGGCCGACAGACAGACAGGCCGACAGACAGACAGGCCGACAGACAGACAGGCCGACAGACAGACAGGCCGACAGACAGGCCGACAGACAGGCCGACAGACAGACAGGCCGACAGACAGACAGGCCGACAGACAGACAGGCCGACAGACAGACAGGCCGACAGACAGACAGGCCGACAGACAGACAGGCCGACAGACAGACAGGCCGACAGACAGACAGGCCGACAGACAGACAGGCCGACAGACAGGCUGACAGACAGGCGGACAGACAGGCGGACAGACAGGCGGACAGACAGGCGGACAGACAGGCGGACAGACAGGCGGACAGACAGGCGGACAGACAGGCCGACAGACAGGCGGACAGACAGGCGGACAGACAGGCGGACAGACAGGCGGACAGACAGGCGGACAGACAGGCGGACAGACAGGCGGACAGACAGGCGGACAGACAAACGGACAGACAGGCGGACAGACAGGCGGACAGACAGGCCGACAGGCAGACAGACAGACAGGCCGACAGACAGGCCGACAGACAGGCGGACUGA